CAGUAGCAUGGUGACAUCUAGUGGUUUUGUGGUAAUCUAACACAAUAGCCUUUCUUACCAUGGAACUGAGUGGUUAAAUUGUGGUUUAAAUAAACUGUCAAAACCAUCACCGACUAGGAUUAACUCUGAUAUUGCAAAUAGCAACACAAUCUCACAGUCUAAGUGAAUGAAUGAAAUAAUGGUCUCAAAGGUGGAAGAACAAGUCAAACACAGGCUUGUUGCCAUGGUGAUACUGCAGUUUUCUCAGUUCUAAAACUCUACAUAUUUCAAGAGGCUUUUGCAAAUGGCACAACGUAAAAUUUACGGGACCUAUUUGUGCAGCACAUCAUAUAUGCGUUGAGAACAUAGCACCACACACAAAAGCAUUUCUGAUACCAACAACGCGACCUACAGGAAGCUACAAUUACCACAGUCCACCUAAGACGCUUCCUGAGUGUUGACUUUGGUUUAGAUUUCAUACUCCCAGCUUUAACAUCAACAUGAAGAUACUGUGUCUGAUUUUGCUUUUUGAUGCAAGUCUUCAGCUCCAGUGUGAUAAAAGAGAGAUCACAGCACAUAUUGGAGGUGAAUUUGUUCUUGUCUGCAAGUAUGACACAAACCGAUACCUGUUCAGUAAAAAGUACUGGUGUCGAGGGGAAUCCAGAAACACCUGUGAGAUUCUGGCGGAUUCAGAACAUCCUGAUGAGAGACGCAGGUCUAACAUGAUAGAUAGCAGGACGAGAGGGCUGUUUGUGAAAGUCACAAGUCUCCAAUUUGAUGACACUGGAGCCUACUGGGUUGGGAUUGACAAAAUAUAUGCUGACAUCAUGACUUCCGUUAAUGUGGUCGUCACUGAAAGUAAGAAUAAAACCUUUGUGCCAGUUCCUGUGUCUAAACCCAGACUUUGGCCCUUGAGCUCUCUGGUGGAUAGGCUAACAUGUUGGGGGCAGCCAGUGACUGUGCGCUGCGAUUGCACAAAGGGCACUGGCAUUCAUUACGCCUGGUAUCAACGCACUCACCACGAGGACUUACUUCUUCACCUGUCUUCAGACUUGCACUUACACUGUGGCGCAGUGGAAAAGGACAGCGAUUAUUACUGUAUUGCCAGUAACGACAUAAGCAGUCAGGGGAGUGAUAUCCUCUCUGUGCAGGUUCUGAUGCCUGCAGACAACAGCUGUAUCUAUGUUGUUAAUAUGCAUGGCCAACCCAUUUAUAACUGUGCGGACAGAAUGACCACCACCACGGCCAAAACAACAACUCUGACUUCCUGCCAAGCAACCAUGACAGUCCACACUGACACAGGAAACCAGUCAUUACAAAUAAACAAAACUCAUCAAGAUUUGUUUUGGGUAUGGUCUGGGAUGCCACUCUGGUAUGCAUUGCUGCGUUGGGGUUCUUUUGCAUCCUUGUUGAUAUCUCUGUGGUUCAUUCUUAAAUACACAAAAACAAGACACAAAAAACGUGCCAAGAGGGGGAGGAGGAGGAGGAGGAGGGCUCACGUUAAGAAAAUGCAGCAUUUGGCUCACUGACUGUCACUGUGGUAGUUCUCUGGAAGUCAUUGUUUUCUCAUUGUUAAUGUGGCUGUUUCCUCUGUGAUAUUCUUCAAUGAAAACAGGUCAUACAAUGGAUAUUUAUGUAAUACAGAUGUGUGUUAGAAUUUUUCUCAGGAAAACCAAACCCACAGAUCCUGACCUCACACAACCCCCCAGUAUGUUAGCUUUGUUUUGAUACAUUUUGAUACAUUAUUAUUACAUUAUUGUAACUUGAGAGACGAGUCAAAAAAGGAGUAUGUGUUAUAGUGUAAAUAAUGCUUUGUAAUGCUCUGUUGUUUUUACUUGGUGAGUGUAAAUCAAUUAUAGGUACAAGCAGGGUGUGGAAAUUUUAUGAUGCAGGUAUAUGUGAACAAGGAUAGUAUAAAUGCACCUCACCCACAUAUUGGCAACUAAUCUUGGCAUGCAAUGAGCUGUUUUAUGUCUUAGUUUGAUAUUAAAAUUCUCAAGAUUUACAGAGGAAUAUGUUCAGCUUUAGACACAGUGUACUACUAUAACAGACCCAGUAGAGAUAUUAUACUUGAACUUGUGAUGUAACUGUGAAGACUGGUUGUACGGACAACGAAGAAAAUUAUAUUUGAAUUAAAAAAACUGGGCAAGUAUGAAUCAGAAUUUAAACCACUCUCUCUAUCUUAGAUAAACAGAUGACUCAUUCAUUUUCCUGUGAAGCAAUAUUGGAAUUUACAUUCCAGUAAAGGGCAGUAAUUCAAUAUAGUCAAGAACCAGGCUAUUCACUGUCAGGAGUAGGGGCUCUUAAUCCUUGAUUCAGAACUACUACGACUGUAUUGUAAAAAUUGUCUGUCAUGCUUGAGUUUAAAUGUCAAAAUAUUUAAAAAUAAAACUUUAUAUUCCAAAAAUUA